AUGGCAAAGGGGGCAAACCAGGCCCAAGCUGGCCCGGCCGGGCCCAACCAGGCCCGUAAAGCCCCACUGCCAAGCUGCAGCAGGCCGGCCGAAACGCCGCCAUCACCCAUCCACCGCCGCCGCACCAUCUCCGCCGCCAGGGAGCUCCGCCGGCGCGCCAAAACGCAGGAAACCCGCCCAGCCGAUCUGGGCCCCGAACAGGUCCCGUCCGCGCCGCCCGCCGUCGCUGCUCCGCCUCCAACUAGCUGCGCCGCCGUUCCUCCUCCCCACCCGGCGCGCGGGUCUCCACGCCGCAGCCGCCGGACCGCCGUCGGCCGAGUGCACCGCGCCGCCAAGGGCCCCCGCGCCCCCGCCGCGCCCGGGGAAGGUCAGCCCCACCGCCGCCGACACCGCGCGGGCAACGCCCCGGCGGCCCACGCCGGCGGAGACGGCCGGGGAAGAGGGAGGAGGAGGACUAGGGGAGGCGGCGGCUAG